GCGGGACCAGAGGGAGGGGCGGCCACCAGCAGCGAGCCGAGUGCGGGAGCCAGGUCAGAGAAAGAGGACAGGGAGGCCUGCCUGUGUCCUGGGACACCCUGAGACGGCAUGCGACACCCCUCAGCCCCCUGACCUGAGAACAAGGGGUGUUUCCGGAAUCCUAGACUAGACCCCAGAAGCAGCUGGGGAACCUGCAGGCUGUCGCCACAUCCUGGCUCAGGUUGGGAACGGCAUCACCCCUCCCUACUCUGUGCCCCCUCCUCCCCGACAUCCAUCAUGGAGAAUAAGGAUGAGGUCAGCGACACCGACAGUGGCAUCAUCCUGCAAUCUGGCCCCGACAGCCCUGUCUCCCCCAUGAAGGAGCUGACGCACGCGGUGCGCAAGCAGCAGAGGGCCCUGGAGGCACGGCUGGAGGCACGACUGGAGGAGCUGAAGAGACUCUGCCUCCGGGAGGCGGAGCUGACGGGUAUCUUGCCAGCAGAGUAUCCCCUCAAACCAGGGGAGAAGGCCCCUAAGGUCCGCCGUAGGAUCGGAGCAGCUUACAAACUGGACGAGCGGGCCUUGCACAGAGAGGACCCCCUGAGCAGCCUGGAGCGGGAGCUGGCCCUGCAGCUGCAGAUCGCCGAGGCGGCCCGGCGCCUGUGCCGGGAGGAGAACCUCAGCAGGCAGGCCCGGCGGCAGCGCAAGCACGCCAUGCUGCAGGAGGAGAAGAAGCUCAAGGAGCUGGAGCGCUGCCUGGGCGAGCAGCGGCGCGCCAGCGGGCCCCCUUCCACCGCUGCCCUGCCCCUGGGCCGAGAGCUCAGUGCCUCAGAUGACAGCUCUCUAUCAGAUGGGCUGCUCCUGGAGGAAGAGGAGUCCCAGAUGCCAAAAGCUCCCCCGGAGUCCCCAGCUCCACCUUCCCGGCCUCUCCCACCCCAGAGCCUCGAGGGCUUGGAACCCGCGGGGCCUGAGACUGGGGGCCCGGAGCGGGCCCCAAUCCAGAACAGCCCCUGGAAAGAGACUAGCCUGGACCACCCCUACGAGAAGCCCAGAAAGUCUUCUGAACCCAACAGCGAGUCCAGCAGCCCAGCCACCACACCCCAGGAUGGGCCCAGCACCUCCAGCCUCUGGCUGCUGGAGCCUGCCUCCUACCAUGUGGUUCCCAUUCGCAGCCUUCCUGGCCAGCGGCAGGGCCGCAUCAGUGCCCCAGCCACCCCCGAGAUCCAAGGCAGGAGGGGCCAGUCGCAGUCUCUGAGGACGGAUUCCUUCCGGGCGGGCCCCGAGGGCCGAGGUCGCAGCGCCUUCCCCCGCCGCCGCCCCACUUACUACACUGUGACGGUGCCCGACUCCUGCUUCCCCCCGACCAAGCCCCCGCUGCCCCACCCCGCCUACCACUCCUGCUCGGAGGACAGCGGCUCCGACGUCUCCAGCAUCUCGCACCCCACGUCGCCCGGCAGCAGCAGCCCCGACAUCUCCUUCCUGCGGCCACUGUCCCCGCCCCAGCCGCUUCGCCACCGCGGGGCCUGGGGCCCGGCCGGCGCGCUCUACCCGAAGCUGCUGCUGCCCCCCGGGCAUUUGGCGCCCGGGCGCUACGUGCUGGUGGCCGAGAGCGCCCUGCCGCCGCCCGCCGAGUGGGAGCUGGGCCGCGCCGCCUCGGGCCCCGCCUACGAGGAGGACCUGCGCUGGCAGCGCCUGGUGGCCCCCCGCGGCCGCGUGCUGCGGACCCCCUCGCUCAAGGACAACCCCGCGGGCCGUGCGCUCAGCAAGGCGGCCGUCUCAGAGGAGCUCAAGUCGUGGCACGAGCGCGCGCGCCUCCGGAGCGGCCGCCCACACUCGCUGGACCGCCAGGGGGCCUUCCGCGUCCGGAGCCUGCCCCCCGGGAGAGAGGGCUUUGGGCGAGCCCUGGGUCCCCGGACACAGGUGGCCACAGUGUAUGUGCCCCGGAGAUCACCCGAAGGGGCCCCCGUGCAAGUCUUUGUGCCUGAGAAUGGCGAGAUUGUCAGCCAGGUGUAACCAAGGCCUGGUGUUACCGUGUACCCCCCACACCCCGGCCCUCCUACUGGAAAAGACUUGUCCACAACAGGACCGGAGCCGAGCCCUCCCAGCCUUGAGUGCCUUCUUCAGCUCCUUGACCCCCAUCGCAGGUCGAUGAGCCGGGGCUGAGCCUUUUUUUUUUUUUUUUUUUUUUUUUUUUUUUAAUUUUUUUUUCCAGAAACCCUGACUUUAGGAUUUAUAUUUGUGAUAUGUCCUCAAAAUCCCUAUAAUAUGAUGAUGCAUUAUUCCCCAGAGCUUGGUCUACUGGACUUGAGGCCUUGCCUGUCUGACUGACGGCUUCUGUCUCCUUCUGCAAGCGGCAGGAGAUGCGUGAGGCAGAGGUCACGUUGGGAUUCCUCACGGACUUGGGAUUCCUCACAGACUCGACCCUUGGGCUCCAAGAACAUCCCCAGGGAACAGCUCCUGUCCCUGGGACUGCAGCUAGAGGCAUACUAGUGUGCCUCCCCCACCCCACAAUUUCCUAGCUCUCUGGGUACUGUAGGGGUGUCUGAGCAGGGGGAGAGUCUUCUUCCCCCUUUAUAAUGUGCUCUGUGAUGCACACACGAAGCGGUAGGUUCAAGAUUCUAUGUCCUGGUGGAGUAUUGUCUUCCAGGAUGGACCCUGUCUUUUCCUCACCCCGUAACCCCCAACCCCCACCCUGUAGGGGCCCCAGUCAUUCACCAUGUGCUGUCUGUGCCCUCUGGGCUCCCACAUCGACUCAGACUUCUGAGCCUUGAAUUUGGGGCUUCGCCAGAUUGUAGCAUUCGGAGGCCCAGGCUGGGGGCUGGCCUGUGGUGUUUGGCGGAGGGCAGCUCAUAUUCUGACCAGCUUCUCUGGGCGUCGUGAAGACUGGCAACCCCACCCUUCCUUCUGUCACCUUUUCAUUAUAGUCCUAAAAAGCAGUGCCUUCCAGGUGUUUUUGGAAAGGCCCCAUGUCUGUGGUGUGUUCUUAUAGGCGGGGGUGGGGGUCCCUGCCCUGCUGCUCCCCACCCAGCUGUGCUUCUGCUCUGAGACUGGAUUUCCUUGAAAGAGGGCAAGUCCUUAUUUUUACAGAUAUUUUUACUCACUCUCAAGAGCAUUCAUUCAUUGUCCCAUGUGCUAAAACCUGAGCAGGCCUGGAAACGGCCUGUGCUAAGACCAUCCUGUAGACCCUGGGUCCUCAUCCUUGGGCCUCUUUGCCCUCAGAUCUCCUGCUCCAAAGAGAAAGCACAGAGCAGAGGCGAGGUGAGGGAGAGCUAAGUUCAGAUUCUGUCCAUGCAGAACCUUUUCCCCUCUGAGUGCCCUGGACUUGGACAGAAACUACAAAUAGAGCUUAAACCUCCAAGAACUUUGGUGCCUGACCCCAAAGAAGCCCAGUUCUCCCCCUCCUGGACAGAAGGUGGUGUGGCCAACUGUGCAAGGUUGCCAAGGGAGGAGCUUAGGUGGCCCAUCAGGAAUCUGGGGGAGGGGAGGAGAGCCUGGGGACAAGCACCUGCAUACCUGUCACUACACUCUGACCACAUCCUGCAACUCCCCCACUUUUUGGGUGGAUGCCGGCCCCAUGACAUUUGAAUCUCCUACUUUGGAUUCUUAUUCUCUUGUUUUGUCUCGAAGCCCCUUUCACUAAUGUACAGCUAUUUCCCUUCCCCGUGCCCUCCUGGGAGCCCAGAGCUCCCUAGGCUGAGCCAGGAGACAUCCAAGCACCCCCACACACAUGAGCGUCCUUUAUGUUAACUUAUUGGUCCUGUAUGAUGCCUGGUACUUCGCUGUGGGGCUGGAACUGUGUGGGUUUUAGUGCCAAAUAUGUCAAUAAAGUCUGUUCUUUGUGAUUGGUUGA